GGUAAUCCGCGGUCAAUCCAAGGUCGAUAGCGGCCAAGUCAGGCCAAGUAAAGUCUAUGUAAAUAUCGUGGCGUUACACAGCAAAUGGCCAGGACGGGUACGCCGAGCUUUGCUUUCGUGAUAUACCACGAUGGUGCCAAGGCAAUAGUUCACAUUUCACUAAUAAAGCAGUAUGCCCCUACGUCGGUGAAUGAACUGUGCAACAGAAAGUUGGUGUACUGGGGUGGCACAGGACUAAUGUCGGAGCUCAGCGAUGAACACUACUACUUGGCCGACGUUGUGGAACUUGGUGUAACGAUGGCAGACCUUAUACAAAGGUUAACCAGGAGGAACAUGGCCAUUCCAGAACUCAUUUUUGAUGUUGACUCAUCUGCACCAAGUGGUUUGGCGGCGAACGUUCGUUCAGCAGGAAAGGCAGCACGUAAUGCUCGGGUGGCAAAGCGCCGCAGACUGGCGGGGAUAAUAUCUGAUGAGGGCACAAGUUCUGAUGAAGGAGAUGAUGAUGAUGACAGUGAUGAUGACGAUGACGAUGUUGUUCCAAAAAAGUUACUGUUGGAAGAGAAGCAAAAAAAUGCAGCGCUGUGUAGGAAACUGGCGGCACUACGAAAGGAGAAAGAUCACCUGCAAGCACGUCAUGACCGCCUUGAGGAUCACUUUCUCAACAAACUUGAAUCCUUGCUCACAGCACGUUGCCAUCAUUGUUGCAAGGAAAACGGUGUGCCUUUGAAGGCCACACCUAUAACUAUUGAUGAUGUGGAUGACUCUGAAACAGAGGAACCCGCUUCCCAAAGCCCAGAGAGUGCCUCCAUCGUGCACCAAUCUGCAGAUGAAACAUGCCGGGCCAUGUGCAAUCAGGAGCCUGACAUUGCAGGGUCAGAAAUUCUUGCUGAACUUAACGGCAAGGUGCACCUAGGAAAUGAUGUGUACAUUGAGAAGAAGGAGUGGGAACAGCUCCAGGGCCUCAGCCGGGACUCCCUGUUUUGCAAACACCUGGCGAAACUAGUGUGGGGACCAGCACUCAGGGGUAGGAGCGUCACAGGGGCUCUUUGUCAGCGCUUCCGGAAGAAUAGCAAUGCUGUUGCAAAGCCGGCAUUGAGCCCCCAUAAAUUGCAAGCUGUGGGUAAUGCAUUUGAUGCAUAUCUUACAAAAUGUGGUGCCCCUAGGAAGGAAAAGAAAUCACGACGUUCAAAAAUGAACUGCUACCUCGCGGAGCUGCUGCGAGACACUAAUGCAUCCCUCCAACGACGAAGCUCACCGGUUCAUGUAGCCUUAGCCUGUGACGCGCCUGCUGGGAUCCAAUGAGCGCAGUCAGCGUGGGCGCCAAAUCCUGGGCGUAGCGGCAGAGCGGCCCAGCGGACAGGAAGGCCAGAU